GUUUCAUCUUUGGUAUCAGAGAACAUCAGGUUUCUGUACCAUAUACGGUUGUGCUGCAGCUAAGCGGUUUGAGGAAAGGGACACUAAUAAUCAGUAAUUGAAGUGAAAUUAAUACAACGAUUUGAAUGUCUUGUCGAAGUGCUUAACGUCAUGUUAGGAGGUGGUCUUAUCAGUGCAUUUUUAAGGUUGUCCGUGUCCAGCGUCGCAGCGAGGACCCAUUUAUCAAGAAAUAUAACUACGCUAGCUAACCCGCUGUUCAUCAAAGCUACGCCUUGUUUGUUUGGUGAACCGCUGAAAAAGAAGAAACGAUUAGAUCCUGCUAUAAUAAAGCACCGAGAAGAACGUAGAAAGAAGAAAUUAGAGAAACAAAUCAGAAGGUUGGAAAAACAUGCUCGACAACUUAAACCAAUUGAUGAAGUUGAGGUUCCACUGAAACUGGUUGAUCAGAAAGAGUUGUAUGCUCGCCCUGCUCCUGAAUUGACUACAGAGGAAAUUGACCGGAGAUCUUUACUAGUGAAAGACUGGGCUCGAUACAAAUACAAGCAAUCAUUGUAUGAUUUACAACAGAUUGAUCGGCAGUUAUUUUCACAACAACAGGCCUUGGAUGAGCUGCGUAAGGAAUCAGAGGAAUUGUAUCAAGAAGCCAUUCAGAUUGACCCAGCAUUGCUUCCUUUCACUAAGAAAGGCCCAGUGCUUACUCCACCAAUUAAAGAUUAUGAAAGUCCUGAUGGAGAGUAUAUUGAUACGUCAAAGAAAUGGGGGAAAACAUAAACAGUGUCAUGGAUUACUUGACUGAUGGACAUUUAGUUUGGUGCAAAUGACUGGCAUGGUCAAUAGAAUCUGUUAUUGUAACUCUGUUAGGCAGCAUGUUCUUAUUUUCUGAAGAAUUAGAACCUGCAGUGUAUUUUCCAUGGGGAUUUUUAAGGUUUUGUUAAGUUCAUGUUAUUUAAUGUUGCAAAAUAUCUUGGUAAAACUGAAAUUUAUAAUUUUAUGAGAAAUUUUAAAACUACCAAUCUCAUUUAUAACUUUACUAAAUGUUAAGACUCAAUCUUGUUUGAAACAGAGAGGCACUUACCAUAUUAUGGAAGAUGCAUAGUCUGUCAUAAGCAGAAAAUUUAGUUCUAAAUUUUGUCAUUCCCAUUUGCAUAAUAAAUUUCAACAUUAAAUUGAA